UUGAACACUGGUUGAAACUAAAGCUGGGUAACCAUGGGGAGAACCGUGACGAUCCACCCCAGGAAUGUGUUCUGGACAAAGUCUUUUUAAAUAUUUACAGAGGAGUUAAUCAACGGGUCAUUAAAAAAAAUUAAAUUCAAAAAGUAGUUCUUAUCCAUAAAUGUUAAAAUAAAUAAAAAAUAUAUAACAGUGUGGUCUCUUAUAGUAAUGUCAGUGUGAGGGGGCUCCACAUCAGAUGGUCAGUGGCUGUCAUAAAGUUGUAAGUGGGCUUCUCAUUAAAGCUAAGUGCUUUGUGUUGUCGUUGUCAACAGGACGAAUGGUUACGUGCACACUGGGACUCCGGGGGGAGUGAGGGCCGCAAACUUUCCCCCUUUGAUGAGUCCAUGAAUUAGCAUCACAAGAGACAUUCACGUGUCCCACUGAACCUCAACAUCUCACACUGGCAAAUAAUGACAAGCAAAAGCACAAUGGAGAACACGGAGGGGAAGAAAAGGGGCACAUUUUAACCAGAUGCCCAGCAAUAAAUGACAGACCAUGAGCCCCCCUCCUCUUUCCAGCUGAGAGAGGUCAUUUGCAUUUUGAAGCACCGGCGCAGGGGUCCGACGGGGCCGGAGCGUGUCCUGCAGGACAGACUAUAGGAAUCAUGAUUUUACACGGUGACUCGGUGUGGGCUACGUUUCCAAUCAAAUGCAAAUUCGUGGCGUGUGCACAGGAUAUAUAAAGUCCAGGAGAGCGCACGGCACCACAGCACAGAGUCCUGGGGGAGACAAAGAGACAAGAGGCACGAGAAGCAGAGAUGCAGCCAGUUAAGUUACCGAACAUCCACAGAACUCCCUUCUCCGUGGAGGAUAUUUUGGACCCAACGAAAUUUACGAGAAAAAUGCCGCGUGGAAAAGAUGCAGCGGCAAAAGGAUUUUCUGAGGAACACGCAGAAAAGCAGCAUCUCCAGACAGAGGACGACUGCCUCUUUCAGGUGACACAGGAGGCUCACUGUCCGCAGGUCAGAAGGGCUCGGCGCGUGCGCACCGCCUUCACCAUCGAGCAGCUGCAGACGCUGGAGCGCAGCUUCCACAGGUGCCACUACCUGUCGGUGCUGGAGCGACACACCAUUGCCGCGGCCCUCCAACUGUCAGAGACGCAGGUUAAGAUCUGGUUUCAGAACAGACGAACCAAGUGGAAGAAGGAGCGCGGGUUUGGCGAGACGGACGCGGCGUUGGAGGAGCGCGGCCUCACCGCGGUCGCCUCACACUCAGCUCUAUGUUCAUGUCCGAGCUGCAGCCCACUAAUGCUGCACUGUCGGUCACACACUCUGUUCCCACUGUCUGGGCCGCUGCCGCUGCCGCCGCCGCCGCCUUUGCCGCUGCAGCUUCUACCACGUCGCAUGUUCUACCUGUAACAUGGAACUUACGAAGCGACAUGACGCGUAAAAUGCGCUCAGACGGACAACGGACACGGGAAUCUCCACACCGAGUUUGCGCAAAAUACCUAUAUGGCACUGUUUUAGGAGAGUUAAAUGUAAAAUAUUUUCUAAUGUAAUUAUACUAUAACUUAUUUUGAUAAACAUUUUUAUAAUAAAAUAUGUCAUUUGAGUUGUUUGUUUGGAUAACUGUCUUUUGGCUCCACAACAGAUUUACUAAUUUAAAAGAGUAAUACGUAUAAAACAUCCCAGAACAGCUACAGUACAGUACAGGGGGAGUAAAAGAUGGAAAAAAGUGAAAGAAUUAGAUGUCCGAUAAUAUCGGCCGACCGAUUAAAGUGAAAGCCACUAGGUGGCAGCAUUGGAGCUACUUUAAUUAAUAUCAUACUCAUACAGUUGUUUGUACAGAUAAAUAAAUAAAUAUUACCUGGCCUAUAUCGGUAUCGGCAAAAAAAAAAAAAAGGAAUCCCCCCCUUAACAAUAUGUCAUGAUACGUUUUUGCAAUUCAUCCAUAACUGCCGUUUAAAUACCAUUAUAUCUUCUUUUUGUUUUCACACACACACACUCAGGCACAUCUGUAUGCAAUUCAGCGUGCACUCCUUCCAGGCUUUGAA